AAGACAAUAAAGUUGGGUUUGGCCUCCUGUGUGACUGUUAUUUGCUGCCACGUCCGUAGUUGCUGAGGGGCAAAAUGGCGCAGCGAGGAAAUCCGCUGAAUUCAGAGAAAUUCUCUUGUUCCAUCUGUCUGGAUCUACUGAAGGAUCCAGUCACUACUUCCUGUGGACACAGCUACUGCAUGGGCUGUAUUAAAGCACACUGGGAUGGAGAGAAUGGUAAGAGAACCUACAGCUGCCCUCAGUGCAGAAAGAUUUUCAAGCCGAGGCCUGUUCUGGAGAAAAACGUCCUGUUAGCUGAGUUAGUGGAGGAGCUGAAGAAGACUGGACUCCAGGCUGCUGCUGCUGCUGCUGAUCACUGCUGUGCUGCUAUGCCCUCCAAUAACAAGGAGUUGAGUCAGCUAAACAUCCUGCAGAGAAUCCAGGACAGACAGAAAUACGUGAAGCUGCUUCAACAGGAGCUGGAGGCCAUCAAUGUCUCUGCUGAUAAAGCAGUGGAGGACAGUGAGAAGAUGUUCACCCACAUGAUCCAUCUCAUCCAGAAAAGACACUCUGAUGUAAAGCAGCAGAUCAAAUCCGAGAAGGAGACUGAAGUGAGUCGAGUCAAAGAGCUUGAGGAGAAGCUGGAGCAGGAGAUCAGCGAUCUGAAGAGGAAAGACGCUGAGCUGAAGCAGCUCUCAGAUGCACCAGAUCACAACCAGUUUCUCCACAGCUACCCCUCAGUGUCAGCACUCAGUGAGUCCACACACUCAUCCAGCAUCAACAUCCGUCCUUGGAGACACUUUGAGGACGUGACAGCAGCUGUGAAAAAGCUCAGAGAUCAACUACAGGACAUUCUGAGGGACAAAUGGACAAACGUCUCACUGGCAGUCGCUGAAGUGGAUGUUUCACAGUCAGAACCAGAACCAGAGAGCAGAGAUGAAUCCUUAAAAUAUUCAAGAGUAGUCAGUCUUGAUCCAAACACAGCACACAGACGGCUGUUAUUAUCUGAGUGGAACAGAAAAGUAACAGUAAUGGGACGAGAACAACGUUAUUCUGAUCAUCCGGACAGAUUCACUGAACGUUGGCAGGUUCUGAGUAAAGACAGUCUGACUGGACGUUGUUACUGGGAGGUGGAGUGGAGAGGAAGCGGAGUAGUUGUAGCAGUCGCAUACAAGAAUAUCUGCAAAAAAGCAAACUUACAUAAAUGCGGAUUUGGACAAAAUGACAAAUCUUGGUGUUUACGCUGUGACACCAACAGUUACAAGUUUUUCUACAACAGCACUACCACUAACGUCUCUGGUCCUCAGUCCUCCAGAAUCGGAGUUUAUCUGGAUCACAGUGCAGGUAUUCUGUCUUUCUACAGCGUCUCUAAAACCAUAACUCUCCUCCACAGAGUCCAGACCACAUUCACUGAGCCCAUCCAUGCUGGAGUUGGGUUUUUAAAUGUUGGAGCCACUGCAGAGUUCCUUAAACUCAAAUAGAGUAAUUCCAGCGUCUGAGGAUCGGUUCAUGUUCAGCCCUGAUUUAAGUUUAUGAUAUACGGUUUACUUCUGUAGCUGAAGUAUUAGUCAGUGAGAUGAUAAUGGAACUGAUUGAUUCUGAAAUGUUUUAGUCAUUUUUAAAUCAGCUUCUGAAACAUUUGUUGAUUUUAUUUUUCAUAUCUGACAAGAAACUGAAUGUUUUGUGGGUUUUGGAUUCAACCCAAUGAAUUGUUGAGCUGUGGGGGAUUCAAAUAUUUGUUUGUUUUAGUAUUUUCUGAUAUUUUAAAGUCAAAAUGAUUCCCAGAGAAAAUAAUCACCAUGAAAUAAUCAUUAACUGAUGUCCUGUAAUCCAUAGUUUCAUCAUUUCUGUUUGAUAUUUUGUGUGGCAGCUGAGACUAUUGUUGAUGAACAACCAGUUUGUCUGAAUGUAUUUGAGUCAAUGUGUAAUUUUUUUCUGAGAUUUUAUAACACAAAAAUGCAAAAAAUAUCAGUAUGUGACAAUUUAAUCACACCUGUUGUAUACUGUUAUAUUUUAACCUGUUCAUCUAUUCUACUGUUUGAGGCAUCGAUUUUCUGUAGUUACUGUAAUUUGGUUCUGCAGUUUUUAUAAAUGAACUGAGCUUCUAAAUUGAUUUUUAUAUUAGCUGUCUCUGAGAUCUAUUUUGUAUGAUGUUUAUUUUUUUCUAACAUUAAAGAUUAUUAUUAAUUUUAUUUAAAUGGUAGGACCUGCCUAAGACCUUUUUUUUUAUAUUUUAUUUGCACAAUUUAACAUUUUUUUUAAAAAAUUUUUAAAAACUAGACUAUGCAUAUAUUGAAAUAAUUUUCAUUGUAAAAUCUUAAAGAAUUGUUAUUAUCACACCUAAUGUACUGAAUUAUAGCCUUCUUAUCUAUUCUACUGCUUGAGUCUCUAAUUGUAUGUAAUUAUUUCAUGUAUUUUUAGGUCUAUAAUUGUCUUUCUAUCUUCAUGCUGUUGACAUGACAUCUGCUUUGUGUGACAUGAAUACAUAUUUUUAGUGACAUUCAAAAAAUAUAUAUGAAUUUAGUCUGUAUGGUAGAACCUUGCUAAGAUAUUGUGAAUAUUUUUUGGCACAAAUGUAUAUUUUUUGAAAAAUAAAUUUCAAAAUAUUGGGUUAUGUAUAUCAUGCACGUCUGUUUUUGUUUUUUUUACAGCACAAUCUUGAAGAAGCGUUUAAUUAAAUGAGGGUUAUGUCAUCAUCUCCCAUAAAUUUAUUAAGAAAGUCUUGUUCCAUUAUUCCAAUGUAUCCCAUUUGUGACAUUAAAACACAUUUCACACAGGAA